CUGUUGAUUGUCAUUUUAUUUUUAGAUCUCCUUGAUAGCUUUUCAUGAUUUAUUCAAGGAAUAGGCAGCUGGACCCUGGAAAAAUGCUCGUUCUCACCCCUUAUACUACAAAAAGCACCAGUAUCUCUUCAUUCUUACUCUCCAUAAGGAUUUUUGUGUUGGAGUCUUCUUCAGUCAAUAUUUAUUCCAUUGUGGAAAUAAUCAGGGCAAGGCUUUCAUAAGUUAUGAGUUACAUACAUCGUGGGGAUGAAUUGGGACGACCUCGUGGAUUGAGACGCAAGCGUCUAAACUCGAAGAGGAAAAGAAGAUGGUACCGAUAUGAUUUGUGGACCAUGCUGGUUGCGAAACAUCAAAUCCUAUUUCUUGGGAUAUGCGCCAAGUGGCCAUGGAUCGAAUCCCUUCGAGCAUGCAUUAUCUCUAUCCAUGAAUAUUAUUAUAAGUUGCUAAGCCCCCCACAAGUUCGAUACCCCUUUCGACAUGAGAAAAAUUCAGUCAUGUUGACCUAUAUCAAAGCAAGAUCAAAGGACUUGCUUGAACUUCUCCGAGUCCGAAGACCCAUUGCGAAUACUCGAGUGUGAUUAUGGAAAGCAAUAACUAUAGGAUUCUGGGGACCCAUCUUUACCCCGCUGUCGAAAAUGAUAUUGAAAGUACCUUGGAUGAACUGAAAGAGGAAUUUAGUCUCAACACAUGCGAUUUCGAGUCUAGUGAUGAUAUUGAGAACCUGAGUUGGGGAAAACCAGUCAUCUGGAUAUUUUCUUCAUCAAUCUCAAUAUGUGUAAAUAAGCUCCUGUUGGUACAGAGUGGAUUUCAUUACCCUCUCGCGGUCUCUACAUUCUAUUUUGGUCUCUUGUUGGCUACAUUUAUCAUCACAUCACGCUACGAAUCUCGAAUCGAUGUUCCGUCUACUACGAAAGGCUUCCGGCGAACUCAAUCAUGGUUCUGGAUGAUACCUGCCUCCUUAACUUCCGCAGUUGCUUUACCGUUGCUCAUGGAAGCUCUCAUACAUCUGCCAAGUCUUCCUGUCUUGAUUAUGCUCUUCCCACUGAUUUACCUGAUGGAAUCUCUCACUCUCUUCAUUUGCUUUUCGCAGUCGCGUUCUUCAAAACGCCUAUCCUUUGAAACAAUCGGCAUCGCAGUAUUUACAACCUUAGUCCUUUACAAUGAGUAUCGUCUCACUGUUCCAGGAAUUAUUUGUGGUAUCGGAACUUUCACUAUGACCGGUCUCUCUAGAGCUCUUUUUUUUAUGGGAUCUUACAAGGUUAAUGAUCACGGACAUCAAAUAUCAUCAUACCAUGAUUGUAUCUUGAUGACUACAACUUUUGGGGUCCUCAUAAACGGCUUUCUGGCCUAUACUCGGGAGCGCAAUAUACUAGAGUUCUAUCCGGAAUCAGGCACCUUAGCUCUGUUUUUCAUCUCCUCUGUAACCAUAGUUGCUGCUGCAUUUUCUGGUACCAGUAUUCUCGCAUACACCCAAAGUUCUUUCUCGACUGGGAAGCAUCUGGAUGCCAGAACAUUCUUUGCCAUUUCCGAUAUUGUCGUAUCGGGACUUUCUAGUAUUCUUGUCCUGCUGAUAUCAUUAACAUUUGGGCCAAUAUCUGUGGUAUCUUGGAUUCAGUUCACUUCCUAUUUUCUAGCGGUAUACUGUCUCAUUGGAUAUUCUAAAGUGAACACUUUCUUCGAAAACAUUUUGGGAUACAUUCAACGUCGUUUCCGCUGCCAAUCAUACAACAAAACCCCGAGUUCAACUUCACAAAGAACAUAUGUACUUAUAUUAAAGAUUUCGCUUACUGCCUUGGCUGUAAUAGCUUUAUAUGCAUUAUCCCUCACCCAACUACUCAGAUUACAACCCGGCCCCGCCUCCUCGAUGGACAAUUCGUAUACGCCAGAAUCAUCGUCCUUUGACAUUGUCAUUAGCGCUUACAAAGAGACACCUGAGUCGAUUUCACGUAUGUUGAAGGCUAUAAAAUCAACAUCAUACUUAUCCUCACAUAAUACACGUAUCCUUAUAUACACUAAGGACCCCACCGUGUCAUUGUCAAUGUUGAAGAACUCCACAGGCGCUGAUAUUGUUGAACGCCUCCCCAAUCUUGGUCGCGAAGGAGGAACGUACCUCAAUCAUAUCAUUACUCACUGGAAUGAUUUAGCAGCGAAAACUAUGUUUAUUCAAGCUCAUGCUCAUAACAUCCGGGAACUCAUACCCCGAAUUGAUUCGUACCUAAUACCGCAAACGGGUAUGUUGAGUCUCGGCUUUUCUGAAUCAACUUGUUCGUGUAAGAACUGUGGUGACCGAUUUGGAUGGACCGAUGACUGGGCUAUGGUUCCAAGUCUGUACGAAAGUAUUUACGGGUCCAGUUGUACUGACUCCACCAAAAUCCUUUUGUCAUACAAGGGACAAUUUAUCGCAUCAGCUAGACGUAUCCGCGGAAUUAGUCGAGUCAUAUAUGAGGAUCUGUUGUCUACGAUUACUAGUGAGAGUGGAUGGAGUCAUGAUUCAAGAUUUGUGAAAGAAAACGAUUCGCCUGACAAUCCUUCAUUCGGCUUCGCGGUCGAAAGAAUAUGGGGUUUACUCAUGCAGUGUGCGAGUGAUGACCGGGUUUCAACGAAGUGUCCCUCUUUGCUCAGUGGAAUAACGACAGGAGGUGAUGUUGGAGACUGCCAAUGCUUAGAUUCGCAAUAGAAAUGCGAUCAACCGGUUCUUGAAUUCCCGGACGGAUUGAGUUUCACUGGUACAUGGAUUUUGGCUCAGGUCCAGGCUUAUAUGUUUUUACCAAUGACAUUUGCAGCGUGAAGUUAUGGCUUGGAUAUACCACAAUAGAUCAACUGUAGAUCAGAAGCUUACUGCAUAGAAGCUUUAGGCAAAUUGAAUUCUUCUUCCUACUCGGGCCAACUACAAAUCUGGCUAUUUGCA